AUGUUUCCCAACAACCCCAACAACUCAUGGGACCCGACCAAUACGUUUUGGCAAAAUAUGCAAAACAACGAGCAAGAAAACCGCUAUCGCCGAGACCCGCAUACGGGUGAGGUUGGAUAUUAUCCAAUGCCACCAACUUCUCCUCAUCCCACCACUCAACCGAUGCCCCCAUACUUCGGGUAUUAUUCUCAACCCCCAUUUUUUCCGUCAAUCAUGCCACCACCAAACAUACCCGUUACCCAAGACACAAGCGAAACCGAAUACGUUCCCGAAACCCAAGUCGAAUCCUCUUCUAUAAAAAAAAGAAGUCAUAAAAAUAAGGAUGAGACCGAAAAACGUACCCCUAAGAAGGUAGAAUUUUGGUCGCCUAAGGAAGAGUUCGAGUUGGCAAAAGCAUGGCUCGACGUGUCGGAGGACGAGAUUGUUGGAAACGACCAAGACAUAAAGGUAUUUUGGGGUCGUAUACGCGAGAAGUUUUUCGCCGCAAUGGGUCGUGGCGUGUAUCGAACCGCCGAUUCUUUUUCGGGAAAGUGGGGUGCUAUGAGGACGAAGGUUAGCAACUUCAACAACAUAUACAAUAACCUCGUCAAUAACACUCGAAGGAGAAGUGGUGCGAGCGACGUCGAUGUCUUGACAGAAGCCCACAACGACUAUAGAAUGCACCAUGGGCAUAUGUUUACGUUGGUAACCACAUGGGAGUUUCUUCGCAAAUCUCCAAAGUGGCAUCUUGUGCCACCUUUCGACCCAACCCACCCUAAAUCCAAACGGUCCAAAUCGACAUCCACCACCGAACCAUCUGGGUCCGAUGCUCGUACAAUAAUUAAUCUAAACGAGGAUGCUGACGAGUUUGAAGAACCACAACCACAAGAGUUGCCUCGUCCAACUGGUAUGGAUAAAAGUAAAGCCAAGGCACGUGGAAAGUCUACUAAAUCAGAUGGCCUGUCAAAGAUGAGCGAGUUCGAGCCAGGUCUCAAGCAAAUAGGCUCCAUUAGGGAAAAAAACCAAGAAAUGAGAAUGGAGAAACAAAUCCAAAGAAACAUGGACUUUCUCGCAAGGGAUGUGUCACAUCUACCAGAGGAGGACCGAGUCAUUUUGGAGGCUCGUAAGGCACAAAUUCGGGCCAAAUAUAUGUAG